AUAGCCCCUGCUGCUGACAUGGCAUUAAAUAAUAAAUAAAUAAAUCACAACAUGUUAUAUGUAAGAUAAUAUGUGUAUUAUAAUGAACUUAUAAUCUGCUAUAAUAUGGCGGUCGUUCUGGACCAGGAACACAACUAGCUAUCAUGAAAUGAACACAACAGGAGGGUAAAUGCUACAGGCUACAAUGGCAGUUAGUGUAACGUGUUAUGUAGUGUUUCAGGCAACGACAUGGCUUCAGCUAAGUCUCACAAAGGCAUGAGUAAUGCUGAAUGGCUUGCGCGUCUGGAGAGUUUUGCCCAAACAGGAGUUUGGCCAUCUACACAGGGGAAUAGACCUUCUCCCCGACAAAAAAGAUGGCAUGAGAUGUAUCAGAAGAUAGAAAAGUGCCCUCUGCAAAUGAGGGGACAGACCACUCUUCUGAAGGAAGCUCAGACAUGUAUUUGUGGCUUUCACAAGGUUCAUCCACCAGUCACAGGGGAAGCAUCACAGAGCACCCCGGCCCAAAGCACACCCUCUGUCAGCGAUGUGUCAUGUCCUGCAAAGAGACCUAAACUGACAUUGUCAAUGUUUGAAAAGUCAAGGUUUGGAGGCUCACAUGUGGCAGCAGCAAAACCUAAUUUGAGCACCCAGAGGAAAACCUCUCAGAUGUUAGAGCACUCCAGUUCAGCUACAGUUUCAUGUCCACCCUCUGAUCCUCAUCCUCCUCCAUCCCCCAAACCUCAUCAGCCCGUCAUCCAGUCCUCCUCUUCCUUCUUCCUUCCUCCACCUCAGAGUUCACAACGCAUCAAAAAAACAGCAACGCCAUCAACUGUUUCUGAGAAUACUGUUGUGAGGAGCCCACAGGUCUCAUCUCAGCCAGAAGAUCUCCCCCUUCUGUGGCCACAGACAAUGCCACAGCAAGACCAGAAGUGGGUGUCAGAAGCACUUUUUAGGGUUGGUGCAAAGGGAAAGCUGGAGCUGCGUGAAAACCUACAGUUGUGGUAUCACCCCCCACCACCAGCCCUGUUGUACCACCAAGCUCCAACACCUGAUAGGUUUUUUUCACAGCGUCUCUUGCUCUGGAUGCCAUAUAAGCUGUGGAAGGUGCGGCUCCAGUGUACUAACCCUGCCUGUGCCAGGCAACAGCUGUGUGGUGGUGGACUGCACAGGAGGGUACGACAGGUGUUAGACAUUGACAGAUACUACAACCUGGUGACAGAGACCCUGAUCUGCACCAGGUGUAGAACCAGCUAUCUGUCCUGGAGUCAAGCUGUGCUGCAGCAGUUGGACCUGGCCCAUCGAUCUGAAUUCAGGGUCAUCCUCACACGCAAGUAUGCCUGUGACAUUCGGGUUCUUCGCUUGCUGCGUGAGAGGGGCAUGGGGAAUGGCCCAGUGAGGAUCAUCGGCCAGCUGAGAGAGAACCACAGUGAGGAGUGGUUGAAACGUGCGCUUCGGUACACAUCAGAGUGUGUGGCCUUUUUUGAUAAUCGUGGCCUGCAUCCGCUGCACUUCCAGGAGCCACCACCACUUGCUUCAGUACCCAGCUACAAAUGGCUCCUCACUGUAUAUAGUCAGGACAUUCUCAACAGGCUCGAUCACAUAAAGGCCAGCAUAACAUCCACGUAUGGAUCAAUCUUAAAAAUGGAUUCAACUAAGAAGAUCACCAAGAAGUUGAGCGGGCCUGCGAAAGGCACAGCACAGUGGCUUACCUCAGUGGGCAAUGAGAUAGGUCAGGUGCUGAUGAGUGUCCUGACUGCGAAUGAAGGGGCUGGGUUAGACCUCAUGGCUGCAGGGCUCAUGGAGCGAUACCGGAGUGCUGGUGUUGAUCCUCCCACUAUCAUUUAUGUGGACUGUGAUUGUUGCAAGAAAGUGGGAGAGACUAAAUUGAAGAGGCGGUUCAGCGGCUGGCCAGAUGUCAUCGUCCGCCUAGACAUUUGGCAUUUUAUGCGACGUCUGGCAGUAGGGUGCACCACUGACGCCCACCAGUUGUACCCUACUUUUAUGGCAAGGCUGUCAUCCUGUAUUUUUGAGUGGGAUGCAGGGGAUCUCACUCUGCUGAGACAGGCCAAAAGGGAGCAACUCAUCCAACAGGGCUGGCCUACUCUGUCGGAGGCAGAACUGGACCAUCAUUUAACUAAAGCUGAGCUGCUCCAGCACUGCAGGAGGAGAACACGGGGAGAAGAAACCACUUUCCGCCUCCUUGAUAUGCUCAUCAGAGAGCUCAUGGGUGGCAAGGGGAAUGAUGCUCUUGGUGUUCCUCUACUUGACAGUGUGAGAAUGCAGCACAUCUGGAAUGUCCAGAGGCGGCACAUCACCUGUAUCCAAGACCCUCCAAAUGUGCCGCUCUAUACUGAAACUGGAACUACAAGCAAGGGUGGGGUGGUUCUAAAAACUUAUCGUUGUGCCAGAGGCUCCACAUCCCUGGAAUCAUUUCACUGCCACCUAAACAGAUUUAUUCCAGGGAACAGCGCAAACAGCCUGAACUUCCAGAUUUAUCUCCUGGAAGGUUUAUUACGCUGGAAUCAGGACCGGGCUGAAGCUGCUGUUGCAGAUGGAGGUUCAACUCUGCGCUCUUACACAGGGGAGCUGUUUUACUCUGUCAAUGAGAACUACAAUAAGUUGUAUGGCAGGAAAUUGGUCCCUAGCUUCACUCCACCUGCAGUAUACACAGGGGAGCUCAUUGGAGUACAGUACUUGUUGAGGCAGAAUAGUCAGCCCCUGGAGGACAUGUGCCCUACCUCUGAUAGGACCUCUCAAUUGCUGGAGGAGAUAGAUGUGGAGGAGCAAGUGGAAAAGGAUGAGGGUUUCAUUGAUUUCUUUGGAGAGGAAGCCACAGUGGCAAAUCUUGUGGCAUCAGAUGACUUAGUCCUUUCAGGUCCACCAGUUCUACCAGCUGCACCAGUUCCCAGUGUCCAGGCUCCUACAGCUGCACCACUGCCCAGUGUCAAAAUUCCACCACUGCCCAUUGUCCAGACUCCACCACUGCCCAGUGUCCAGACUCCACCAUUGCCCAGUGUCCAGACUCCACCACUGCCCAGUGUCCAGACUCCACCAUUGCCCAGUGUCCAGACUCCACCAUUGCCCAGUGUCCAAACUACACCACUGCCCAUGUAG